AUGAAUUCCGCAAGGGUACUCGUUAACUGCGCUCCAGCUCUUCGAACUGUUGCAAUGAGGAAAUUCAGCGCACAUCCUCUGGCUGGACUCCUUGGACGUUUGAAUCAUGUCGCUAUUAUCACUCCAGACAUUGAGAAAUCUCGUCAAUUCUAUAUCGGUCUCGGCGCGAAUGUAAGCGAAUCAAAGGCUGUACCAGAAUGGGGUGUUAAGACGGCAUUCGUUGAAUUACCGAAUACAAAAAUCGAAUUUGUAUUCCCGUAUGAAGAUAGCAGUCCAGUUAUGCCAUGGUUGAAAGAACACAAAGGAGGUGGAUUGCAUCAUAUCUGCAUUGAAGUCGAAGAUAUUCACAAGGUAUGA